CGGCACAGUUUGCAAACAGUCCUAGGUACGAACGCCAAGGAGGUUUCAAAGCACUCAAUAGUGAGAAAAGCAAAAAGUGUUCUUUCGACCACCAAGAAAACAUCAACAGCAAAUUCUAGCAAAAAUGAAACUUUUCAUCGUAGGAUCCGUUCUGCUGCUGGCUUCGGUCGCUUCUGCCUCCUACUGGCACUACGUCCCGGCCGACACCCCCGAGGUUGCCGCCGCCAAGGCCGAACACUUUGCCGCUCACCAGAAGGCCCGCGGUCUGGUCGGUGCCGGCCCAAUUGACACCCCCGAAGUUCAGCACGCCAAGGCCCAGCACUUUGCCGCCCACGCUGCCGCCCGCGCCGGACACUCCGCCCCAGUUGCAGUCCCAGCUUGGCACGCUGCCCCAGCUGCCGCCCACGCUUGGCACGGAGCCGGUGCCUGGCGCGGACCCCAGCACAUUCCAGUCAUCCACAAUGGAGUCCCAGUCGAAACCCCAGAGGUGCAGCACGCCAAGGCCUUCCACCUGAACGCCCUGGCCAGCGCCGGUGCCGGAGCUCACUGGGCCCCAUCCCACUACGAGGAUGAUGGCUCUUACAAGCCCGAAUACGACAACUACCACUAAAUUCCCGCAAUUGCCAAACUCCCCUUCACAUUAGCUAGGCCUUAGGAU